UAAAAAUAAAUCGAUAAAGAUGUUUUGAGGCAUUCUCUCUCCUUACGCCGUUCUCCUACCUUAAAACCCCAGCAGCCCUCAAAACCCCAACAUACACAGACGCACACAUCACUGAUUCGAAGCACGUUUCUUGAGACUUUUAAUCAAACAUUUAACCGGCGAUUAUCUUCCUUCCUCACAGAUAUAAUCAUGGCUGGAAAGCCAAAUAAGGGGAGGAACCGUAAAGUGUCCCAGCAGGGGGCUAUGAAUUCUUCAGAGCAGGCCAUCUCUUCGGAUGCUCCUUUGAGUGAUAGUUUGAGAACUGCGCAGACCAAUGGAGAUGGAAGCUUACAAGCGUCAACUGACACAAAUACUGAAGUGAAGGACCAGGAAAACUCAUCUGACCAGCAUCCAAGCAAACAAGGCGAUGCUCAUCUUUAUCCGGUUUCGGUGAAAACCCUAGGGGGAGAGAAGCUUGAGCUUCAAUUGAGUCCUGGAGAUUCUGUAAUGGAUGUGAGGCAGUUUCUUCUUGAUGCACCGGAGACAUGCUUUUUCACGUGCUACGAUUUGUUAUUACACUCAAAGGAUGGUUCUAUUCAUCAUCUAGAAGACUACAAUGAUAUAUCUGAAGUUGCUGAUAUCACCAGUGGUUCCUGCUCGCUGGAGAUGGUUGCCGCAUUGUAUGAUGAUCGGUCAAUUAGAGCUCAUGUUCUUCGAACUAGAGAGUUGCUUUCUCCUUCAACGGUGCAUUCUUCGCUGUCGACAAUGCUUGCAUUACAACAUGAAACAGUGAAAAAUGCUUCUGUAAAUUCAGGAGAUGCAAUGAAAGUUGAAGUGCCAGAACUCGAUAAAUUGGGAUUUAUGGGAAAUGGCUCACUCACUAAAUUAUUGUCACCACCCUCUAAAGAGAUUAAGUGUGUUGAAAGUAUAGUGUUUUCUUCAUUCAAUCCUCCUCCAAGCCACAGAAGGCUUUAUGGAGACUUAAUAUAUUUGGAUUUGGUUACGCUGGAGGGAAAUAAACAUUGUAUUACAGGAACAACCAAAACAUUCUACGUCAACUCAAGCACAGGAAACAUUCUCGAUCCAAGGCCAGUUAAAAACAAUAUAGAAGCAACAUCCCUUGUUGGACUUCUGCAAAAGAUUAGCCCUAAGUUCAAGAAAGCUUUUCGUGAGAUGUUGGAGCGCAAGGCCCAAGCACAUCCCUUUGAAAAUGUCCAAUCAGUGUUGCCGCCAAAUUCAUGGCUGGGCUUGUAUCCUGUUCCUGAUCAUAAACGUGAUGCAGCAAGAGCAGAGAAUUCAUAUACUCUUUCCUUUGGAAGUGAGCUUAUUGGUAUGCAGCGAGAUUGGAAUGAAGAGUUACAGUCGUGUCGGGAGUUCCCGCAGACCACACAUCAGGAAAGGAUCUUAAGAGAUAGGGCGCUUUACAAGGUCACUUCUGAUUUUGUUGAAGCUGCAACUAGCGGUGCUAUUGGAGUGAUAAGUAGAUGUAUUCUACCUAUUAACCCAACUGAUCCCGAGUGCUUUCAUAUGUAUGUCCACAACAACAUAUUCUUUAGUUUUGCCGUUGAUGCGGACAUUGAGCUAUUGACUCGGAAGCAGGCAUCAGAAGUCCACUCUAAACUCCAGGGCACAGCUUCUUCGCAGGGUGAUACCAAUACAUUGGGAAACAAUCUGUCGCAUUUGGAUGACAAUCUGCCACAUGUGGAUGUAUCAGCUAUUCCAAACAUGGAAAACACUAGUGGCACUGAUGCAAUUUCCCCUGACGUGCCUGCAGAGUCUCAGCUGGCUGAAAAUGAGCAAGCUACAUAUGCUAGUGCUAAUAAUGAUUUGAAAGGCACCAAGGCAUACCAGGAAGCUGAUGUUCCUGGAUUAUACAAUCUUGCUAUGACCAUUAUUGAUUAUAGAGGUCACAGAGUUGUUGCGCAGAGUGUAUUGCCUGGAAUCCUCCAAGGUGAUAAGUCGGACUCCCUUCUCUAUGGAUCUGUUGACAACGGCAAGAAAAUUUGCUGGAGUGAAGAUUUUCAUUCCAAGGUACUAGAAGCUGCUAAGCGUCUUCAUCUGAAGGAGCACACUGUACUUGAUGGAGCUGGCAAUGUAUUUAAACUAGCUGCACCAGUUGAGUGCAAGGGCAUUGUUGGCAGUGAUGACAGACAUUAUCUUCUGGAUUUGAUGAGAGUCACUCCUCGUGAUGCAAACUAUACUGGACCGGGCUCCAGAUUCUGCAUUUUGAGGCCUGAACUAAUAUAUGGCUAUUGCCAUCGUGAAAAAGCUGAAGCUGCAAAGAUGUCGAACUGCGGUACUGAACUGGAGGACAAUUCUGUUUCUGAUUCUUUGGAUGUCAACAAUGCAGGAAAUGUGGAGAAAACCGAGGAGCAUGUAGCAUCAGCAGCAUGUAGGAAACCGGAUGAUGAAAAUAGUGGGAUGCAGAGCCUUCAAAAAUGUGAUUCUCACUCGAGCAAUAAAACUUCAAGAAAAGAGAGAUUCUUCAAUCCUAAUGUUUUUACCGAUUUUAAGUUAGCUGGGAGUGAAGAGGAAAUUUCUGCGGAUGAGGAAGAUGUGAGGAAAGCAAGUCUGUAUCUUAUAGAUGUUGUACUGCCUAAAUUCAUACAAGAUUUGUGCGCCCUUGAUGUUUCACCAAUGGAUGGACAAACUUUAACUGAAGCACUCCAUGCACAUGGCAUUAAUGUUCGAUAUAUUGGAAAAGUUUCUGAAGGGGUUCGACAUAUGCCUCACUUAUGGGAUCUUUGUUCCAAUGAAAUAGUUGUCCGCUCUGCUAAGCAUGUUGUUAAGGAUCUUUUAAGGGAUACAGAGGACCAUGAUCUGGGGCUUGCAAUUUCACAUUUCUUCAACUGUUUUGUUGGGAAGGUUCAAUCUGACAGUUCAUCCAAAUCCCAGAAAAAGGUUCAUUCAGGCCAUCAUGCUUCCAGGAAGUCUACUAAGGGACAAGCUAAGUUGAAAAAUGGGGGAUAUUUAAGGAAGAAAGAGUCUGUUUAUUUGAGUUUUACCACUGAUAGUUUGUGGUCUGACAUCCAAGAGUUUGCAAAACUCAAAUACCAGUUUGAGUUGCCAGAAGAUGCAAGGCAAGGGGUGAAAAAAAUUUCAGUUAUACGUAAUCUUUGCCAGAAGAUUGGAAUCACCAUUGCUUCUCGCCACUAUGAUUUUGAUGCUUUGGCUCCUUUUGGAGUUUCAGACAUAUUAAAUAUCCAACCAGUGGUGAAGCAUUCAAUUCCAGUCUGUUCGGAAGCCAAGGAUCUGGUUGAAACUGGGAAAGUUCAAUUAGCAGAGGGAAUGCUCAAUGAGGCAUACACAUUAUUUUCUGAAGCUUUCGCAUUAUUCCAGCAGGUCACUGGUCCAAUACAUCGGGAGGUCGCAAAUUGUUGCCGUUACUUGGCAAUGGUCUUGUACCAUGCUGGAGAUAUGGCUGGAGCCAUUAUGCAACAACAUAGAGAACUUAUCAUAAAUGAACGGUGCCUUGGGCUAGACCAUCCUGACACUGCUCACAGCUAUGGAAAUAUGGCUCUGUUUUAUCACGGUUUAAAUCAAAGCGAGCUGGCGUUGCGCCACAUGUCACGCGCUCUGCUUCUUCUAAAUCUAUCGUGUGGGCCCGAUCACCCUGAUGUUGCCUCUACUUUCAUAAACGUUGCCAUGAUGUAUCAAGAUAUUAAAAAGAUGGACACUGCACUUAGAUAUUUGCAGGAAGCUUUGAAAAAGAAUGAAAAACUGUUGGGGGCAGAGCAUAUUCAAACUGCAGUGUGCUAUCAUGCUUUGGCUAUUGCUUUCAACUGUAUGGGUGCUUACAAGCUAUCUUACCAGAAUAAUGCACAAAAGCAGAAAGGUGAGAUCUUGAAAGCUGUUUCUGCACAAAAGGCUUUUGAGGAGAUACUUAAGGCGAAUCCUGACCUGUUACAAGCAAUUGAAGCGGCCGCUGUUGCCAACAAGACAAGCAGUUCAAAAUCUUCGGCACUGAAAGCAUAUUCUGUCUCCGCAAUUAACCAAAUGGCGGACUUGAUAAACUCGGAGGCAGCGAAGAAGGAAGUUGAGGGCAGUGUUUCAAAUGGUGUCGAAAAUGGUAAGUCAAAAACGGGCCCAGUCGGGCUGGGUUCCGGGCUUGCUUCUUUGGAUUCCAAGAAGCAGAAGGCAAAAGGCAAAGGCAAAUCUUCGUCUUCUUGAUGGGUUUUCUUGAGGUUUUUUUCUGUGGUCACUGAGUGUGCACUUUUUUGCUGGGCCUUUUUGUGCUGCUUACAGAUGUAAGGAUCUGUGUGCUGCUGUGAGAAUGGUCUCUUUUUGAAGACAUGAUAGAUAAUAUUUCAAUGAUGCGUUUCCAGUUAACAGCCUGCUGCUUUUCGUCAUUCUUUCAUUCUUCUCAUGGCUUCAAUUCAUGUGUGGAAAUUUAUACUUUGCGGAAAUACCGUGCUAGUGAUUGAGGACUUCUCUGGAACUAGUUGUACAUCAUUAAAAUAGUGGAAUGUGGAAACUUGAUGAAGUUUGUUAUAAAUAUAUGAAUAUGGAUAUUACUUAUCUAUAAUUGGGCCUGAAGUCCAUUAGUUAGGGAAAUUAGGUUUUAGGGCUUCUCACUUGUAAACUCUAUAAAAGGGUGAUAUACGAUGAAUAAAAAGAUAGACUUUUCUGCUCUUCUGUCUCUUGUUCUCUCGUUCGUUCUCUUUACUUUGUUUGGUGUGGAUUGAUGAAUGCUUGGGGAUCUCAAUUUACAAUACGUCAUCAGCACGCUCUA